AUGUUUGACGACCACACAAAUGGCAUAAUCGCUGAGAUUUCUUCCAGCCACGAAGCAAAAACACAAAUUGACGAGAAAUUGAUCGACAAUUACAUCCUUACUUUGGAUACAGAAACUACACAACAAACAUCAUACUUUCAGACAAUUAUCCCCCUUAUCAACCAGACCUUACUCGAUAGCCAGUAUGCCGAGAUUGAUCCCACUGGGAUCUUGCUUAAGCUUUUGGAAAAGAUUUUAUCUUUUAUCAACUUCGAAGAGGUGCUUCAGUUUUACCCUCCCGAGUUCAUUAUACAAAAUUUAUUCACGUCAUCGACAAUUAGUAUCUUGUGUUUAAAGAUAUUGACGUUGAAUUUGCAUCAAUCACAAGCGCAGGAGUUUAUCUCGUCCAACAAGAUUAUACCGCAGCUAUUGCGAGUAUUUUUUGAAGAAAACACUCCGAUAUCCGUGUUGAACCUGAUUGAAGCAUUAGUUUCAGCAUUUAACUCCAGAGAAGUGCAUCUAUUAAAAGACGGCGAAGAGACUCUAUAUUUAGUAAGAAAGCUGGACAAUGCUGUCCUUUUAGCUCGAUUAUUGGAUCUAGUUUCAAUAUUGGUGGAGAAGGAAGAUGUCGAUGCAAAAUUGUACAAUUUUGACUUGGAGGAGAUAGUUAAAUUUGGUGAUGACCCGUUGUUUUCAAUUCUUUUAAUUCAGUUCUAUGUUAACAUGGUUGGAGUUUGCCUCAUCGAUGGUUCAAUUGCGAACGUGUUGACUUUAUACAAAAAAGGGGACUUGGAUGACUUAGUCGUGCCAGAGGUGGCUGAUCUCAUUCUGAAAAUGAGCUACAACAACUAUGACUCGGUCUUGGCCACCUUUGAGGUAUUCAAAAGCUAUAACUUUAUUAAGAUUUACGAAAAAAAUGAAGUGGAGAUUAGGCUCCUUUCCAAUUCUAAUCCCAACGUUGUCUACAAACUCAACCCAUCCAUUUACGACGAUGUGUUGAAGAACUUGCCACUUUUUGAUCGAGAAUUUCUUCCCAUUCUACUCAAUUUUGUUGCCUCGUUCCAAGUAUGGACCUUAUUGCAACCGAAAGUAACCAAUGAGAGAUUAGAGUCUUUGUCCAGGGAUAAGUUGUUUUUGUUACUUUUGGCUAUGUCAAAAUAUACCCACACAAAGGAAUAUCUUUUUAACAACUUGCCAAACAUAAUGAACAAUGAAGUUAUUGAGUCCGAUAUUAGAAAUACCGAUAUCUGGAAGCUAAAGCUCGAAAUUCUUGAAAACUUGAAGCAAAGCGAUGACAUUCCUGGCUAUCACUACUGGCAAUCAAAGAUCGAACAAAGUUACAACUUGAUGAAGUUUGGACAGAGCUACAAACACGUACAGCCCAAAGUGGAAGUAAUCGAUGAUGCAUUGUAA